CUGAGCUACAAAUCUUCUCCACCAUUACUUUUUAUGCGUCAGGGAAAUUCAUUCUGAAGGCCGAAUUUCAACAAUGUCGAGUGGUGGUAAUUGGUGUUUAAUAGAAAGCGAUCCCGGAGUAUUCACUGAACUUAUUAGAGGUUUCGGUGUAGAAAGUUUGGAAUGCGAAGAAGUUUAUGAUCUGACAGAAACAAGCAACGAUGAGAUUGGAAAUGUGGUAACUGACGCAAGCAACAGGGGCAUAUUUUUUGCGAAACAAACAAUUUCAAAUGCUUGUGCGACUCAAGCAAUUAUUAAUAUCUUGCUAAAUAUUGAUGACAAAGUGCCCAUUGGCUCAACAUUGUCUGAUUUCAAGUCUUUCGUGUCAGACUUUGACAGUACAAUGAAGGGUACUGCAAUAAGCAAUUCUGAUCAAAUUAGAGUCGUACAUAACAGCUUUAGCAAUUAUCAGUUAUUCGAGUUUGAUGAGAAGACUCCUAAGUCAAAUGAAGAUGUUUACCAUUUUGUUGGUUAUGUUCCUAUUAAUGGUACUUUGUACGAAUUAGAUGGCUUAAAACCCGGCCCUGUUGACCACGGAAAACUACCUGAAAAUUCAUCUUGGAUAGAUUCGGUUCGUCCGUUGCUAAUGAAGCGUAUGGAGAAAUGUGUAGACGGAAAGUUCAAUAUAAUGGCGGUAGUCCCUAAUCGACUUGUUAUGUACGAAAAACAGUUGGCACGAUAUAAAAUGGACUCAAGUGAUCCAGAAUCUGCCUACAUAACAGAACUAAUGAAUAAUAUCGCCAGUGAAAAGAAGAAAAUUGCAGCGUAUCGCGCAGAAAACAUUCGUCGUCGACACAACUAUUUGCCACUUAUCGUGGAGCUUCUCAAGAUGCUGGGUGAAAACGGCCAACUGACUAGUCUGGUUGAAAAGGCUCAGAAGGUUGCGCAAGAACGAAGUGCUCUACACCCAUCAAAUGCUGCGAAGAAAGUGAAAUUUGUCUAAAAGAAUAUAUUCUGUAUGUACAUCUUUUUCAAAAACAAAUUUUUAUGUAGGUGCGAAACGACUUUCGUUGUCAGAUGUAUAUAAAAUUUCCAUUUGUGCAGAGCUAUGAGAAGUGUGAGGGUCAUGAGAAAAAUACCUAGCGCAACACUGAAUCCAUCAACCGUUGGGGAUGCACUGCGAUACCAGCGCAAGAACCUUUCAGAAUGUUCGCGACUACGCAUCCAGGCCGGGGCUUUGAGUUUUUCAUUUUCCAUCAUCAAAAAUUGUGAUGUUAUGUCCAUGCGUGCGAAGUAACACUGUUCAGAGCCGUUGAAAUCUGUUUUUUUUUUGGAAAAAAAGAAGAGAGUGGAAUUACUAAAAGGGAACACUUGCAACUGUUUGAGCAAAGAGAAUGCAUAUCCAAAAUAUGUGCGACAGGCAUUCUUUGUACCAGUUAUGUUUAUGGGAAUUGAUGGAAUGAGACAAGUGUAAAGAUGAAUAUAUUUACCGUUUAAUAUCUUAUAUCUUUCCUUUGAAUUAACAGGUAAGUUUUUAGUAGCUAACGUCAUCAAAAUGUGCUAUAACUAAAUACAGCAAAAAACAUGACGGGACAUUGUGGCUUGUAAUAACAACUGAAGAUUGACCUUAUAUAUCACUAAUAUAAAAACUGACAAUUAGAGUAGAAAUACAAUGUAAUUAGAUAAAAGUAACUAUAUGUAUGUAUGCAAUAGGUAACAGCAGGCAACUGUUCAGACUUCUUA